AUGCCAAGUAUAUACCAAGUGUCGCUGAUACUUCACCUCAGGUUUGUUCAAUACUCACAGCUGGCCAGAAUUGAGAAUCCUCUUAAAGGAAUACCGAAAGAAACCUUAAUGGCUCAAGUCAGGGCAUUCGCUACUGAGCAUAGGCUAUCGAACGAGGUCGAUGUGUUCAUCAAAGGUGUUUUGGUGGCACAAUCUCCGAUCGAUUAUGAAAAUAUAUCUGAACUGCAUGAGAAUGAUCGGGCUGCCCUGCGCAGGGAGGAUGCUCAUAAAUGGCAUCAGCCGAAGGCCCUCUGGUUCACUAUAGCAGUCUGCUCUAUUGGUGCUGCUGUGCAAGGCUGGGAUCAAGCUGCUAGACUAGAGCCAACGGAGCAAACCUUUCGUUCCCCACUACCUUUGGUAUUAGAUCACAAAGCGCUUAUGAUCAAUGGAUUGUUGGGCUGA